UUAAAAUUUAAAUUUAAACAUUUGAAAUACAGUAAAUAACUAAAUAUCUUACCUAACUAUUUCUACAAAAUUUAAUUAAUAAAAAUAAAAUAAAAUAGUAACUUCAUUUUUUCUUAAAAACGAAACCAAAAUAAAGAUCAACGUAUUCCACCAGAUCUCUGUAUUUCAUUUCCAUUUCUUUUAGUAUUUUUAUAUUUAAUUUUCUUUCUUUAUCAACCUCCCCAUUCAUCUGUAGCUAUAACACCAAAAAGCCUGCAAACCCUAUCUCUAUUUGUAGAUCUGAGCCCAGCUAUUUAGCCUUUGCAUUGUACGAGGAGAAAUAAAGACAGUGGAUCGUAUAGAGAGAGUUGUUAGUCUUGGUUUUUUAUGUGAGGGUGCAUUGUUCUCUGAUGAUUGUAUGACAGUCAAGGGUAUAUGGUUUUGAGAAGGACCCUGGAUUUUGGUACUUCAGAGCGAAAAAGUAAAGAGGGAUGCAAUAUUUGUGGAUACUUGAUUUUGAUUACAUAUGUUACGUCGUAUUGCGUGGUUAAUUGGUUUCAAUAAUAAAGUCGAACAAGCGAAGAAGUUAUCCAAUGCAAAACCGCAACCGGCUAAAGUACAGCCGGCUGUCAUGUUGGAUACUAUCCAAGAGAUUGCAAUUUACAUCCAUAGGUUUCAUAACCUUGAUCUUUUCCAGCAAGGAUGGUAUCGACUUAAGAUUACUAUGAGAUGGGAAAAUGAUCAGCAAACUUCUAUAGGAGCGCCUUCAAGAGUCAUGCAAUAUGAAGCUCCAAACGUUGGUUCUGAUGAUGUAUACGGAGUGUGGAGGAUUGAUGACACUGACAACAGUUUCGCAACACGGCCUUUUCGAAUCAAAUAUGCGAAACAGGAUGUUCUUCUAUCUAUCUUGGUUGCAUUUCAUCUACCCCUUACUGAGAACGAGGGCCCUUUAUCAUCAGCUGUCAUAUUGAAGUUUGAGCUUCUCUAUUCUCCUGUAUUGGAGAAAGGUUCUGAGUUUCAGCCUUCUUCAGAUGGUUGCCCUGCUGCUGUUCAUGAAUUUCGUAUCCCUCCUAAAGCUCUUUUAGGACUGCAUUCCUAUUGCCCUGUUUAUUUUGAUUCAUUUCAUGCUGUUCUUGUGGAUGUAAGUGUUCACAUCUGUCUCCUAAAAGUUGGUUCUCGCAAGGGCGCAAAGAAAGUACCCAGCAUUCCUUAUAGUGCCCCCAAUGCUGUUGCUGGUGAAACUAUCGACGGAUCUAGUCAGGCACUAGAUAAAGUGGCAUGUACUGACUUGAAACAUGCCACGCUUGUUAAGGCUUUAUUUGAUGCUCGUGACACACUGCUUGUGGAGCUACAAAGAUUUGGCAAUGGUAUUAACCGAGUAAUUGAUUUAACUGAAUUUACAUCCACAAUGAACGAAACAAAACUAUCUGAUUCCAUUCUGCAAGCAAACCCGGCUACUGCUCAUGCUGAAGUUCCCGGACAAGGCAAGCCACAAAAUGGUCUUGAGGGAGUUGGUGGUAGAUUAGAUGUUAGGUUGCUCCAGAACUUAUCCAAGGAUGAUAAAAUUAAAUUAUUUAAUCUAUGGGGUGAACAGGUGUCGUAUUUAUGGAACACAUUCCUCAAUUUCCACAGGGAGAAUAAAACACAGAUAGUGCAAUUCCUUCGUGAUGCAUGGGCUAAGGAUCGAAGAGCUGAAUGGUCAAUAUGGAUGGUUUACUCUAAGGUUGAAAUGCCUCACCAUUAUAUAAAUGGUGGUUUUGAUGAGCCUUCCCACCAUAUUGUGCAUAAGAGGGGUCCCAGUUUGCUGAAGUUAACUGAUGAACCUGCAGAGUUAGCAACCAUGAGAGCUGAGCUUCAUCGACGAAGUAUUGCACAAAUGAGGAUUAACAAUCGAUCGAUCCAAGACAUGCAAAUAUUUGGAGAUCCUUCAGGAGUUCCUAUUGUAAUUAUGGAACGUGUAAUAAAUGCACCUCGUCGUACUGUUAGUGAUAUAUCAUUCUUGAAGAAUUUUGACGUAAUGCAUUUAGCUACCACAAGCACUGUUCUUGAAGCUGGGAAGAGUCAAUCAAGUACAAGUGCUGCACGGAGUGGGCAUGACUUGAAGAUCGUUGUCUUUGUGCAUGGUUUUCAGGGGCAUCAUCUGGAUCUGCGACUUGUUAGGAACCAAUGGCUUUUGAUAGAUUCCAAGAUACAUUUCCUAAUGUCAGAGGCAAAUGAAGAGAAAACAUCUGGAGACUUCAGAGAUAUGGGACUAAGGCUGGCACAUGAAGUGAUUGCAUAUGUCAAAAAGAAAAUGGACAAAGCUUCAAGAUCUGGUGACUUACGAAAUAUCAAACUUAGUUUUGUCGGGCACUCUAUUGGGAACAUUAUAAUAAGAACAGCAUUAGCAGAGAGUAUUAUGGAACCUUACCUGAGAUUCCUCCAUACAUACGUAUCUCUGUCUGGUCCACACUUGGGAUAUCUAUACAGUUCAAAUUCUUUAUUCAAUUCCGGGUUGUGGCUUUUGAAGAAGCUCAAGGGGACGCAGUGCAUUCAUCAGCUAACUUUCACAGAUGACCCAGAUAUCCGUAACACUUUCUUCUACAAACUUUGUAAGCAAAAAACUCUGGAAAAUUUCAAGAAUAUAGUCCUCCUUUCGUCACCCCAGGAUGGUUAUGUUCCAUAUCACUCUGCCAGAAUUGAGUCAUGCCGGGCAGCAUCAACAGACUAUUCCAAAAAGGGAAAAGCAUUUCUGGAGAUGUUGAAUUACUGCAUAGACCAGAUAAGGGCUCCUACCUGUGAGAACCGGGUGUUUAUUCGUUGUGAUGUCAACUUUGACACGUCUACCUAUGGCAAAAACUUGAAUACUUUCAUUGGACGAGCUGCUCAUAUAGAGUUUUUGGAGUCAGAUAUUUUUGCUCGGUUCAUAAUGUGGUCGUUUCCAGAACUAUUUGAAUAACCACAUUUCAGGAGCUUGAAAUUGAUCCACCUUCUCAUGCAUGGUAUCCAGAUUGAUCGCUAAUUGCAGAGCCCGUGAUCAGUGUUUUAAGUUCUCAAGCAUCAGAAAAGAGCAAGAUUCACUGCAAUUUUGGUUCUAGUGGGUGUGUCUAGCAACCGCGUUCUUGCACAAUGGGCGGAUGGGUAGAUGCAUUGGGAGAUGGUAGCAGCUGUAAAUUAUGAUGUCGAAGAUGCUUAUGUUGGAAGGUUGUAUGUAUGUUUGAAGUAGCUCGAUGUUUUAAUUUUUGCCAUUACGACGGAGUUUUUGUCGGCUCAGCAUAUUUUACGCUGAGUAAAAUGACCAAGUUUUUUACAAUAGAUAUUGUUUAGAAAAAAAAAAGCUAGCAAUGUAAAAAAAUCCAGUAGGUUAGUUUGUUGUUUUGGGUUUUAGCAAAUGACUCGAUUCUUUCCCAUCACACAGAAUGAUCAUGUUUAUGUAUGUAAACAUGCCGAAGAAGCAUUUGAAUGAAUUCAGCAGUGAAUCAGUUUAGAGCUAUAA